AUGCAUCCACACACCCCCACGGGCAGGCUGCAAGCACUACGAAGAAAGCUGCUCCGGUCCUCGGGGGUUUUCCGUGCCAUCGGCCCUAUAGCCGCGUCGCCCAACGUGCACUAUCCCAAGGAAAUCCGCCCGCUCGAGGCGCCGGAAAACAGGGCGCGGCUAGCGGCCAUGGCCGAUGCUUUUGCCGCCCUCCAGCAGAAUAUGGAGGGUCUUGCCGCCACGCACAGUGCCGUGAACAGCUUCAACGAGUCGUUCGCCAGUCUCUUUUUGGGCUUGCAGGUGCACAUGUUCUGCAACAGCUUCCCCGGCAUUCCUGCGCGAGAGCAGUACGAGGCCAUGGAGCAGAAGCAGAGCAGCGAGCAGAAAAACGCCGGGCUCCGGGCGAAAGUCGACGCGGCCAGAAGGAGGAACGCGGACUUGAAACGCCAGGCCUCCCAGCAGGCUGCAGCGACGCGUUCCAGGCCGCACCUCGGAGACCUCUUUUCCCAACGCCCGCUGUCCAGGCAGCGGGCGGCGGCGACGGCCCCCAAAAUCCCCGUGGCACGUGACGACUCGUUUUCGGCCACGGACACGUUCAUCGAGGCGCCCGGCCACUCGCAGCCGCCGCCCAAUCUCGACCAGCAGCCUCGGUACAUGCGGGGCCUUUUUGAGAUUCCCGGCGCGGCCAAUACGCGGCGGUACGACGCGGCCCGUUCUGGUCAAAAGCCGUCCGGGAAAAACACUAUGAACGUGCCUGCCCGAGCCCGGUCCCGGGAUGCUGCAGCGCCGCCCAGCACACAGAAAACAGCCAGUGCUGCGCCCCACACCUCGGCGCGACAGAGGGCAAGCCUCGCAGCGCAAAAGGCGCAGAAGGCCCGGGCGGCCCGGAUGUCUUCCAGACCGCCGUUCCGGUGA